AUGAGCGCUCCGGGCUCCAGCCCCGGCCUUUCUCUCGGGGUCCUCGCACACGAUCGGCGCCUAACGGUGCUUGCUGAAGAGAUGCCACUCUCAGGACCGGGUCUCCGCCCACUGCACCGACCUUUCGGCCCAGGCCGAUGGGGGUCAGCAUCCCAGCCCCGGGGCUUUCUGGCUGCGGAGACACUCCCCAAAUCUGGGAACUACCCCAUCCGCUCCGGGCCACGAACAGUCCCCGCAGGGGACAGGGGACAGCGGGGCUGGAGGGUCAUCGCGGCUCCCCAGCGUCUCCAGAGAGGGUGUGGGGGCAGCGCACAGGGCCAGCUCCUCGGUGUGACCCGCGAUGCCCCUCUCCCCGCAGGCAAGCGCCUCCAGGAGUGGUGUUCCGUGGUCCUGUGCUUCAGCCUCCUCGCCCACAACCUGGUCCACCUGCUGCUGCUGGCCUGCUGGGAGCACGCGCCGCUCGUUGUCCUGGGCGUAGUGGCAGGGGCGCUCAUCGCUGACUUCCUGUCCGGCCUGGUGCACUGGGGGGCCGACACGUGGGGCUCCGUGGAGCUGCCCAUCGUGGGGAAGGCGUUCAUCCGCCCCUUCCGGGAGCACCACAUCGACCCCACGGCCAUCACAAGGCACGACUUCAUCGAGACCAACGGCGACAACUGCCUGGUGACGCUGCUGCCACUGCUCAACAUGGCCUACAAGUUCCACACCCACAGCACAGAAGCCCUGGAGCAGCUGUACCCCUGGGAAUGCUUCGUCUUCUGCCUGAUCAUCUUCGGCACCUUCACCAACCAGAUCCACAAGUGGUCACACACAUACUUCGGGCUGCCACGCUGGGUCACCCUCCUGCAGGACUGGCACAUCAUCCUGCCACGUAAACACCACCGCAUCCACCAUGUCUCACCCCACGAGACCUACUUCUGCAUCACCACAGGCUGGCUCAACUACCCGCUGGAGAAGAUGGGUUUCUGGCGGCGUCUGGAGGACCUCAUCCAGGGCCUGACGGGCGAGAAGCCUCGGGCAGACGACAUGAAAUGGGCCCAGAAGAUCAAGUAGCUUCUCCAAGUCUGCCGUCUGGUUGCCAACCUUCCUAGCCCCAAACUGAAGCCAUCUGCCAAAUCCCAGCCUGCUUGAGCUGGCGAGAACACCUCCUGAUCUGGGCCUGGGCACCCCGGGACACAGAAUACUUGAGCCACUGGUUUUCGAUUUCCUCUGUUCAUUUUCUUUCCUUGGCCUCCCGAGCUGCUACGCCUGCCAAGCCUGACUGCACAAGAGGGAGCCUGCCCUGCUGGCCGUCCCGGGCAGAGGCGGCCACCCACCCCACACACCCUGCCCUGCCCGCUUUGGGUCCACCUCAUCACCUCUGUCUGUCCUUCCUUCUCUGGCCCCAGAGGUCUGGGGAGUCCCCACAUCAUUAUCCCGCCAUAGCCCUGCAAACUGAUCAUGAAAGCCCUGCCUGGGGGGACAGCUGCAGCCACCACCUGUGGCCCAGCGUCUCUGCCCAAGGGUGGCAGCACUCGGCAGGGGUCCAGAAGUGGCUGGAGUCCGGCCCAAGUCCUGACACCCGCUUCUCCUCACCUGCCUCCACCUGCCCGUGUAUUCCAGCAGACCUGGCUUUUCUGUAGGGGACCUCUUCACAGCGCAGAACGCCUGUAAAAGGUCUCGGUCAUUUGGGAAGAGGAUGCUGCCCCUUCUGACCAAGGUGUGUCAGAGGAGGAAGAGUGAGGGUUUUUAAUUUUUUUUUUUAAAGGUGCUUGCUUGUUUAAUGUAAAUAAUAGAAAGCCUUAAUAUCUUUUCUGUAACACGGAGUAAUAUUUUAAUGUCAUGUUUUGGAUGUACGUAAUAUAUUUAUAACAAAGCACCAAGCGUCUCCUUAACCUUGGCUGCCUGUGGUGUUUCCUGGGGGGGGGGUGAGGCUCCCCCAAAGCAGCUGUGGCCCCAGGAUGGUCGCCUUGUCACCUGAGACUGAGUCAGUACUAACAUGUGCUUCCAGCACUUUGGGAGAAGACCCCGAUCAUGCGGGACUGGGCCCUCGCGAACAUCAAGACAGAGUAACAAAGGCUGACUCGGGCUGAAAAAUCCCUUAGCACCUAAGAUGUGCCGGGCUCAGGCCUGGACACUGGGGCACCAGGAUUUGCUCUGGUGGAAAUGACCAACUGGGGAAAGAGAGUCAACAUCAUAAUGCACAUGGAGAUCCGGACGGUCAUUUGUGAAGAAAGUCAAGCAAGAUAGAACCACACUGGAAAAGCAGGGUGGGACUGUCAGGCAGAGGCAUUUCUGUUGCCAUAGUUGCUGAGACCUACAGGAGGUGGAGCCAGCAAAUGAAGAAUGGGGAGGAGCCUCUUGAUGUUACAGGAAGUGCAAAGGUCCUGAGGUAGGAAUGUGCCUGGGGAGGCUAAAAGAUGGUGACACUGGACUAGACUAGGGAAAGUGGAAGGUGCAGGUAGAAAAAUGGGGUUCUUACAGAGCCUCACAGGCAGAGAGGUCCAGCUGCUAGAUCUAAAAGACAAGUAACUUAUUUUUUUGACCAAGUAAUUCUAAGACACGUAUGGGCCAGGAGCUGGAAUUCAGUAGUGGACACUACACACUCGGUAUCUAGGCUGGGAGUGCAGGGCAGAGGUGAAGCACUUGCCUGAUGUGGGCAAACCCUGGGUUUGAGCUCACAAACUGGGCUAAUGCCUGCAGCAUCAUUACUUAGAAGAAAGUGAGCCUUGGUGGUGCUAGGAACAGGAAAUUUUUAGAACUCCAUAGCAGCCACAGAUACAGCAUUUAUUUAUUUUUUUAAAAUGUGACCCAGAACUUCAUUUUCCGUCCAGUUUGCCCACCAGUAGACUUGUUACUGAGGAAGGGGGAUUAGAAUUUCUCGGCUCCUAAGUGACAGAAAAUUAAGGCAGGAAUGAAUAGCUAGAGUAACAGUACCCAGGCCUGAGGGCACACACCUAUAAUCCUGGGAAGCUGAGGCAGGAAGAGUGCCAUGA